ACACACCUUCCGCCAUGGAAGAGCAUUUUAUUGCUCUGCCUGUCACUACACAUCAGUAGCUUGGAAUCACAGCUCUUAUGUGUGGCAUCGCGCAUAAUCAUGCUUUGCUGCGCCCUCAUGACAAUAUGUGUACGCAGCGUCUUGAGCGUGCGUGCGCAGGCCAGCGAGAGCGGACUUAGUGACAGCCUGUGGGUGGUGAGGACAUGCUUUAUGCGCGGUGGGAGGGGUGUAGUGGUCCUGAUGCUGAUGUCUCCUCUGUAACCUUGGUUGCUAUCGAACGGCAGCAGGCUCUGCCUCUGCCUUUUCGUCAUUGGCUCGCCAUUCUGACCGCAAGCCAUGUGGUCCGGGUGGCAUCCAAUGACAUCGCAGGCAACGCUCUUGUAGUAGUGUUGCAUCUUAAAGCAACAGGCACCGUUUUUUUUUUCUGUGGAACAUCAUCUCUCCUCUUGCUCAUCUUUUUUUUUACAUGCUCAGCUCUGUAGAUGAACAAUGAGGAUUUGGUUGGGUGUUGUUUUGUGUCAAAACGUCUCAAGGGGGUGAAACGGAGGCUUUGCGUUGCAAGCGACCUACAGAGAUCCAACAUGGAGACACUUGAUUACUGUCUUCCCACUCAGUCUCUCACUCUCUCACACACACACACACGGGCAUAUUCUUGACAGACGUACACGCCGUCUCGCCGCGCAGGCGCACUGAGGCCUCCAGCAGAAGGCAGCAGGCGCAGGCACGCACGUGCAUGCGCGUGCAGCCACACCACCUGAUUAGCUUGCGAGAGCCAGUCUACGGCAUCCCGGGGAAAUAAGAGGUGCCAGAGGAGACGGCAUCGGAAGGAGGAGGAGAAGUGGCUGCUGAAGGCGGGCGGGUUUCGCUCUCCGGCAUCCUGUGAGCUCGGAGUGACACGGAGCGGGUCGUUGAGCUCGACUCGGGGGACAGACGGGGUUGAUCCACUCAUACGAGGACUGGUCUGGCCCUCUCGGAGCCGUACCGUGGGGGAGGGGCGGUCGACGCAGGGAGACGGAGUCUGUUUUUCCAAACCACGGCUAGAAAGAACCGUCCCAGGAUUUCUUUUCCCCCCCAUCUGUGUUUCUUCUCUCAUCUUGCCAUCUUCCCCAUGUUCUCGCUGCUCCCCUUGCCUCCAUUGUUGAAUACCCGGGUCGUCCUGCGGCGCCUGCCCGUCUCGUCUACUUCCGUCGUCUGACCGUCUUCUUUUUAUGUCAGUCGAGCUUCCCUCAUCCUGCCCGUCUCUCUAUCCUCGGCUACAUCUUGGUCUCCAGGCUCGUCUCGGUGCCCUUCAGACGGACCCUCUCUGUUUACCUCCAUCUUCCCUCUCUCCGCUCCCAUCUCCCUUGAUCCUGCGGUGGCUCUACAUUCGGGUCAGCCCGAUCACCAAAUGGGAUGAGAUGUAGUCUCCGCAGAUUCCAGAUCCAGGAGGGGCUCCUGGGCCCCCGCGUCUUUAGCUCGCAAGUGAAGCUGGAGCCGUCUCUUGGUGGGCCACUUUGGGGUGCUGCAUGUAGGCCAGGAUAGUCGGCACCCUUCCCUUGCCCCCACCCCCCUCCUUCCCCCCCGUUCCUUUACCCCCUCUCGGGGCAGCCUUCACUCUGGAGUGCCCUGGCCUCUCCCCGCGCACUCUGACGACACCCUCAUGCCAAUGGGGCACCUGCAGUGCUCCCACCCCGCUCCACUUCCGCACCUCCUGCCUGUGCCACCGGCCCAAGCCCCCCGUCACCCUCAGCAUGGGUGUGGUGGAGGCCAUUGACCCCACGCCGUCCCCCUGUCCCUCACCCGUGCCGGGGGGCUACCGGCUGUCCCGCUCCUCCAGCUACAGCCUGCUGCAGGGGAGGGCAGGGGCAGAGCUGGACCUCGGUGAGGCGGCCGGAGGGAUCCUGGAGGGGGGUGGGACGACGGCGCAACGCAGGACCCCCUUGGUUGACCUGUUCUGCGAGACCUGCUCUAGGCCGUGGCUCAUCGGCUGGUGGGACCAGUUCAAGAGGAUGCUGAACAGGGAGUUGUCCCAUUUGUCAGAGAUGAGUCGCUCAGGGAACCAGGUGUCUGAAUACAUCUCCACUACCUUUCUAGAUAAGCAAAACGAGGUGGAGAUCCCGUCCCCGACCUUGAGGGAGCGAGACAAGCCCAUGUGUCACAUCAGCGGCGUGAAGAAACUCACGCACAGUUCCAGCCUUUCAAACUCCACCUUGCCUCGCUUCGGCGUCAAGACUGAACACGAGGAUGCGUUAGCCAGAGAGCUGAAUGACUUGAACAAGUGGGGCCUUAAUAUCUUUCGUGUGGCAGAGUUCUCGAACAACAGACCCCUGAGCUGCAUUAUGUUUGCCAUCUUCCAGGAGCGAGAUCUCCUGAAGACCUUUCGGAUCCCAGUGGAUACGUUUGUCACCUAUGUGAUGACGCUGGAGGACCAUUACCAUGCCAACGUGGCCUACCACAACAGCCUCCACGCCGCAGAUGUCACUCAGUCCACGCACGUACUGCUGUCUACGCCGGCUCUAGAUGCUGUGUUCACUGAUCUAGAGAUUUUGGCUGCGUUAUUUGCGGCCGCCAUCCACGAUGUGGACCAUCCAGGAGUGUCCAACCAGUUCCUCAUAAAUACCAACUCCGAACUCGCUCUGAUGUACAAUGACGAGUCAGUUCUGGAAAACCAUCACCUGGCUGUGGGCUUCAAGCUGCUUCAUGAGGACAACUGUGACAUCUUCCAGAACCUCAGCAAGAGGCAGAGACAAAGCCUGAGAAAACUUGUCAUUGAUAUGGUUUUGGCCACAGAUAUGUCCAAACACAUGAGCCUGCUGGCAGACCUCAAAACGAUGGUGGAAACCAAGAAAGUGACAAGCUCGGGAGUUCUGCUACUGGACCACUACACCGAUCGGAUACAGGUGUUGAGGAACAUGGUGCACUGCGCCGACUUGAGCAACCCAACCAAGCCUCUGGCCGUGUAUCGACAAUGGACAGAGAGAAUCAUGGAGGAGUUCUUCAGGCAAGGCGACAAGGAGAGGGAGCGAGGGAUGGAGAUCAGCCCCAUGUGCGACAAGCACACCGCCUCGGUGGAAAAGAGUCAGGUUGGCUUCAUUGACUACAUCGUCCACCCUCUUUGGGAGACCUGGGGGGACCUGGUGCACCCCGACGCCCAGGACAUCCUGGACACUCUGGAGGACAACAGGGACUGGUACCAGAGUACCAUCCCGCAGAGCCCGUCGCCUCCUCCCGUGUGCCAGGACAAGGAGCUCAACGCCUGCGUGGACAAGUUCCAGUUUGAACUCACACUAGACGACGGUUCUCAGGUGGAGUGCAACGAGCGGGACACCGCGGCGUGCCCCAACCACGUGGCGCAAGACGGCGACGAGAGAGCCAAGGACGACGACGAAGAGGACGUCCUGGCUGAAGAAGAAGAGGAGGAAAACGAGGACAUCAUCGAGGAGGAGGAGGACGACGAGGAGGUGGCAAUGGAGGAGGAAGAGCAGGGCGAGGAGCCCAAAGACGAGUUGGAGACCAAGUCAAAGGGGGAGAGACUUUCUGACACCAGUCCUGUAGAGGAAGAGGAGGAUUCUUCUUCGCAAGCCGACGACACAUGAGUGUUGCUCUUCACGGAGCCCUCCUCACUUGCACAUGUGAUCAGUUUUCCUCCUUACACGAGGCCAAACCAAGAACAGUGUCAAUAAAGACCUUUAAAUCUAUUUUUCAAAAAGGGACUCGAGAGGAGUUCAUCACACAGCAACUGUAGAUGCGAAGUAGUGAGCAGUGGACAAGAUGGUGUAGCACUCUGGGACUGGAAUGCACACAAAUAAACACACGUUAAGUCACUCCGAAUGCAGCGACGCUACGCGUGUGCACGCGUGCAUAUAUGCAGAACAAUUGAGCAUUGCAGCACCCCUGCCCUCCACGACCCGGGCUGCUGUUUUCUUGCAAACGCACACUUGACUCUAUGUUUGUAUGCGUGCAUUAACACAAGGGAUCACUAACAACGAUUUGUUUCUUGUUUUUGUUUUGGAAAAAGCCAUCUCUAAAUGGGAACGUUCGGUCUUAGCAAUUUUCACGUUCAGUCAAAUCCCAACAGGAACUGUUCUCCUCAGCAACGCGAGCAACUUUAUUUAUUUCAGUUUUUUUCCAUUUCUGUCGGAAAAGAAAAAUAAGGAAGUUGGACGUCGGUGGGGGAAUAUGGACGGACGUUGGUGGGGUGGGGGGUGCCCCCGGUCCCGUACCCCUUUACGAGGAGAGCGCUUAGCUAGAAGAUGGCUCUGUGCCUUUCUGACUCCCCAGCCUCCCGAAUGGAGAGCUGCGGUGAAGCAAUGCAUUGUGGGACAGGAGUUGUACGUACGCGUGUGUGCUUUUUGGUCUCACUUUUGAUUGUCUCUCGUGGAAGCUACUGUCCAUGCUAUUGUGGUGUGUCCGUGGUGACAUGUUUUAAGCUGUCAAGUCUUCCUUUGUUGCUCUUCUGCUGGUAUAACAGAGCAAUGCCCACCACUACUACCGCCGCCGCAACCACUGACUAAUUUCUUUCCUACAAUAAGCCAUGCGAUGCUUCGGCGCAUACAUUUUGCCUUUAAUUUCUAGUUAACAGUGGGAGGAAGGGGGUGGGGGGGGGCGGUUAUUAUGCCAUCGGCGGAUCACGUUUUGCGCCGCGCUCACUCGCACUGUGUUUAAGUCCUCAUAUAAUGAUCACCAAAGUAGAUGAGUGCAGGUUAUGGGGGGAAAAAGGAAUUCAGGAGAGUUCGUGUGGAAAUCCCUUGUAGAUUGUUUUUUGUUUUUAAGAUCAGACCACGUCUACGGCCACGUUACCUUAUUCAUUCGGGAGUGAAGAUAAUACCAAGCAGAGGUGGUCACUGAAAAAGGUCUAUAGUCCUUUUUAUGUUUUUUUUUUGUUUGUUUGUUUUUGCCUUAAUGUCAGAAGCAGGAUUCAUACUUGCCGCUAUAUGGAGAGGAAUAUUAGCAGAUAUUCUACUAUAUUUUUAAGAUGUCUAUAUGCUUGUCUCAUUGCAUCGGUCACUUAUAUACAGUAUGCUGUGGCUGUGCUCUUACCAAACAUAAAGAAUGUGUUUUUUUUUUUUUGUUGUUGUU